UACAGUUUUUAAUAAAUAUUUUUAACUAAAUUUGUGCGUAAUAGUGAGCGCAGAACGCCUGAGAAUUAACUCAGCUAUUUUGUGAGGUACUUAAAAAUAUUGCCGUUCCAAAGCGCUAGGAGUUUGAUAUGGCUGUGAAAAAUACGAAUUACGCUGUGCUAUCAGUUUUGUUGCCAGCAUUGUUUUCAACGUGUUCGGCCAUCAAGUGCUUCGAGUGCAACAGCGCGAACAACUCAGCCUGUCUCGAGAUGCACAACCCUCGGAUGCAGGCCAUCGUGCCGGUGGUGGACUGCAGCCAGUCCGUCCCCAACGCCAUCAGCAAGGAAUUCUUCUGCAGGAAGAUCACCCAGACCAUUCUCCACAUAGACAAGACCCCUGAAGUCCGAGUGACCCGCACCUGUGGUUGGGUCAAGCACAAACGGGAGUGCUACAAGGCUGACAACAGUGACCACCUGGAAACCGUGUGCCAGUGCUUUGGAGACAUGUGCAACGCGGCCGCCAUGUUGGAUUACGUCAAAGUGACAGUUCUUGGCGCCCUCACCGCCAUCUUGGUUUGCUACCAAAAUUGGCGGGGAAAAGUUUGAAACUUUUUUGACAAUGGACUAUUUUAUGAUUUCAAAAACUUCUUAAACUUACAAUACUUAUUAUUUACAAAUUACAAAGUAAGUACAAGU